AUGGCUCGUGGCACUGCAACGGCUGUUGCCCUUGUGGCAAGCUGCUUCCUUGCAGGUGGCAUCAUGUUUGUGCCUGGAUUCUUCCCGUCCACUGCGUCAUUGAACUCCUCCAGCGCAGUUGGUCGCCAGGCCGAGGCCUCGCGCCCGUCCGAGGAUGCCACGACGGCCAGCUCGCUGCAGGGGCUACUGGGCGGCCUCGUGCUCGGUUUGGUGCUGAGCGCGGCGACCGCCUCUCCAGUCCUGGCCGAGGAUGCAGCGCCGGCGCCCAAGCAGCUCUCGGAUGAGGAGAUCCUUGCCAAGGGCUGCGACAUCCGGGUGGACUGCAAGACCAAGGAGCAGCAGUUCGCCUAUGCCAAGGCUUACUACAGGAAGUACAACAGGGAGAGCGAUGGCAAGGACCCCAAGUACAGCGCCUCAUCCACUGGUGGCGGCAUUUACCGCAAGUACAAGAUUGACCAGUACAUCAACAAGUUGACCGACGAGCAGAUGCCUGCCGAUGGCACUUACAAGAUCCGCCCCGAUGCCGUAGCCUUCCAGCCAAUCUGGGAGAAGUACAACAAGGACCUCGUUGAGCGAGUUGAGAAGGUCUACGGGAUUUCCGAUGAGCCCAUCCGCUGGAACGGCGACUACUACGACAACAAGCUGAGCCCGUACAAGCCCGCCCUCGGUUGGUACAACAAGUGA